UAUAGUACUGCGUCCUUGAUGUUAAAUUUAAUAUAGGUGAACUGUCUUUCAAUUUCAAGUUGAAGGCUGACACUAAGAAAAUCCGCACUUGGACAAUUGUUUGCUUUUGUGUGUCUGGAGUGUAACAGUACAUAAAGUCAUUCCUUUACUGACUAGAAAGGUUAAGAAACGAACAGUGUGCUUGAGGCUAACAAAUUGUUACACAAUUACAAACAGCAAAAACAAUCUUCUGUUAUGAAACAACUUAUUCCUGUGCGUGAAAUUAAUGCUAAUGCAUUUCAACAGAAAUAGGAUUAUUUAAGGAUUAAUAUUGGAGAGAAAUGUGAGCUGACUUUUGACUAAUUCGGGCUAAGUAAGGACGAAGUAUACGAGUCAGAUUAUUCUUAUAGUCGGACUUUAAAAUUGAAACAAAAAACGAAUGAAACGUUUAUCUGCAACUUAAAGAGGUCGGAGGCAUUUCGAACAUUUUCAUGAUAAAUCGGAAGUGUUGAAAGCAAACAGCUAUCGCGAUUUACGUAUUGAUUAUAUUUUUAUCAAAAUAUUGUGUUUGGAUUGACAAAUUAUCGCUAAUCAAUUGAAGUGUAUACGCCGGUAUCAAACGUAAGCAAAGGAAAGUAAAGCAGCUGCCUUUGUUCAGCACGAAGGGAGUUUUUAACCAGCGAAACCUUCAUGAAACUUUGCAAAUAAAAACAAUCUGUUGGUGCUAAUGGCGGUCGGGUUGGGUGACAGUUCCCUUUGACUCGCGGGCCAGGGGUCAUGGUGUCAGUGCUUUCUUGUGAUACAAUAUAGUGAUUCAUGGCAAACAUGGAAUUAUUGAAGAAAGAGUAAAACCACUGAGGACCUCCUGGCACGGUCAAUCCGCACACAUUUAAUGGAUCUAGCCGAAGAUUCCCAUUAAAAGUGGAACUAUUACUUGUGGUUAGACCAACAGGAGACAUUUGAGAAUUAUUAUACAAUUCCGUGAAUGAACACUAAACAAAAUGUAAGGAUGACUAAGAUUUAUACUGCAUUUUAAGUGUCUGUACAUCGUCAAGAUGACCGUGUGAAAAGUAAACAGUGUACAUUUCUAAUUAAGUAUAGUAAUCUUCGAACGCAUCUUGGAGACGUUCGCAUAAAAUGACCCAUACCUCUCCUAGACAUUCUAAACUGCACGAAUAUCCCGGGCAGUCAUUAAAAGGGUCGGGUGAACAGUCUAAAGGCAGAAUGGCCGAACCAGCUACCAGUCCGACCAAGGACGCGAAGGAAAGCAAAUAUUAUAUGGACAAUUACCAGGCCACGAUUACCGUGCAUAAAUCCCCUCCUUUGCAGAGAAAACAAUCGUAUGAUUUUCUUGAAAUUGACGACGAAACGAAAGAUGAGGUGGACGGAUCUUUUGCGUCGUCCAGGCUUCCGAAGCGUAAGAAUCUUAGAGUGACUUUUAGUGACAAUAUUAUUGUGGAUGUGUUUGAUAGUUUUGACGUGUCUUCUGAUACAGAGAGCGACGAAGGUAUAGUUGAAGAAACGCUGUAUGAGAUUCCACAGGACCGCUCUAGAGGUAUCAGGCAAAUAUCAAGUAGUGCUGAAUUUAAGUCAGUGUCAGAUAAUAUCACUCCAGCACGGACAAAUAAUUUAAGUAGUGAACCAGUUAUUAACGCAGCAAAGCAGAGUUCACAGAAUUCGCCGACUACAAAUGAGCCAAAGAGUCCUAUCAAACAACCAUCAUCUCCUCGGCAACCUCUGUUACAGAAACGUAAAACGUCUAAAGUGACCUUGAGUGACUUAGAAAAACGGACUAAGGAGUAUAUUGCAAAGUUGCAGGAAAAAAAUAAGAAAGCGGAAGCGCGUGCUCGCGUUGCCAAGGCAAUGUUUCCGGAUAUUUCGGCAAAGGUGAAGUCCCAACCUAACUAUAAACAAUUCAUUGAUAACGCAAAACGUGCCGUUGAGAUAACGCGACGUUAUGAACGUCCCUGGGCAUAUGGCGCAUCAGCUACGCAACCAACGGUUAGCGUGUGGCGUAAACGUUCAGAGAACGUCAGACGUACGUCAUCGUUGCCAAAGAAUUUCAAGCUUCCCGAUGAUUUGACGGCAACUUCAUCUCGUCAAACAUCUGACAAUGUUAUAUUAUCAGCAUCAUAUAGACAACGGAUUAGGAACUCUUAGCAGAUUAAACUUGUGGAAGAUUUGUGGAUUACAGUGAAGACAUUUUAUUAGCUGUUCGUGACAACGUAAAAUCGUGUUAGAUUUGACACGGCCACAUAAGCCAAUAUUGUUCCAUUGUGCUUCAACAGUAUUUAAAAUGUCAGGCCUGAGAUUUGUAAGGUGGCAAUGAUUAAAAGGACUUGAGCACAAUCUUUUUAUAUCAUUGGAUUUUGGUCCAUAUCUGACUGAAAUAAUUAUAUUUAUUUUAUCUAUAAACUAUUUGAAGCAUAUUGCUCCAUAUAUUCUUACUAACACAUGCAUUUGUAAUAAAGUUCAUUUAUUUUG